AUGGCAACCACAGGCAUGCAACUGGUAGGCCUCAUCAUGUCCAUCCUGGGUUGGGUGGCCGGGGCAGUGGUGAUCCUGGUGCCGCUGUGGCGAGUCACUGCCUUCAUCGGCAACAACUUGGUGACUGCGCAGAUCAUCUGGGAAGGCUUGUGGAUGAAUUGCAUUGUGCAAAGUACGGGUCAGAUCCAGUGUAAGGUCUACGACAGCAUGCUGGCGCUGCCCAGCGACAUGCAGGCUGCCCGCGGCCUCACGGUGCUCUCGGUUAUGCUUUGCGCCGUGGCUCUGGCUCUGGGGGUGCUUGGCGUGAAGUGCACCAAGUGCGUAGGUGUCAACAGUCUCAAGGCACGCAUUGCGCGCAUCUCAGGGGUGCUCUUUGCCGUCGCCGGCUUCCUCUUCCUGGUGCCAGUCUGCUGGACCGCCCACUCCAUCAUCAGGGAUUUCUACGACCCGCAUGUGGCCGCCCCGCACAAGCGUGAACUGGGCCCAGGCCUUUAUAUCGGCUGGGGGGCAUCAGCAUUGCUCCUGGUCGGCGGGUCUCUUCUGUACGCCGGUUCCAGUCCGCCCGGCAUGCCCGGAUCGCCCACCUUCAGUAGCGGAGAAAGCAGCCCUCGUCGAGCGCCCGCCUCACAGGCUAAGGGCUAUGUUUAA